GGAGAGAAAUAAGAAGUUUCCUUUUUUGGCUCUUGCUCUUGCAGUUUUAAGCCAGGCUUGCACUGCGAGGGAAGACGGACUACAUGGUUACUCUCUGACUGGAAAACCAGAGAAGACAGAGAAGGGCUGGAGGGUGGCGCUGUCAAGACGUGGAGUAGCUUCCCUCUAUGGAAAUGACAUUCCUCAACUUGCGUUGGAUGUGGAGUUUCAGACAGAGGACAGAGUCAGGUUUAAGAUCUAUGACCCUAACAACCAACGGUUCGAAGUUCCUCUCAAGAUUGAAUCCCCUCCUCUCGCUGCUGCUGACACCAGCUAUGACAUUGAAUUUGUCAACGAUUUAUCUCUUCAGUUUAAAAUCAUAAGGAAAGCCACAGGAACUGUGCUGUGGGACACAUCCCUUGCAGAUCUGGUCUUUUCCCAGCAAUACCUGCGCAUAUCAACCAAUGUCCCAUCCAGUUCUGUGUACGGCUUUGGUGAACACCAGCACCCAUCCUUUAAGCACAAUAUGAACCAUAUAACCUACGGGAUGUAUUCUAGAGACCAGUCUCCCAAAAUGAAUGCAAAUCUGUAUGGAGUUCAUCCUUUUUACAUGUGCAUAGAGAACGACGCAAACGCUCACGGUGUACUUUUCCUCAAUUCCAACGCACAAGAUGUCACGUUGCAUCCAGAGCCAUCUUUGACCUUCCGCACCAUUGGAGGGGUUCUCGAUUUCUACGUCUUCCUUGGCCCAACUCCAGAAAAUGUAAUCCAGCAAUACACAGAGGCUAUUGGACGACCACAUCUUCCUCCCUACUGGUCUCUGGGGUACCAGCUCUCACGAUGGGGAUAUCCUGACAUUGGUGCAGUAGAACAGGUUGUAAAGCGCAUGGCACAGUAUGGCAUCCCCUACGAUGUCCAGUACGGAGACAUUGACUAUAUGGACCGUAAGCUGGACUUCACAUAUGACAAAGAAAAGUAUGCUGGCCUACCGGAAUUCAUGCAAGAGUUGAAGAAGGAUGGAUUGCAUUAUGUCAUUGUUCUGGAUCCUUUCCUAAGUAAAGAUCAAGCUAGAGGGUCUUACCUACCCUACGAACUUGGAGAACAAUUGGGAAUUUGGGUAAAAAAUUCAGAUGGAGUGACUCCAGCUGUUGGGCAGGCCUUGGCUCCAGGAUAUUCAGUGUACCCUGACUACUUCAACCCCAAAACAGCUGACUGGUGGACCCAGAUGUGUGUUCAGUUCCAUAAUGUCCUUCCUUAUGAUGGUAUUUGGAUGGAUAUGAAUGAACCCUCAAAUUUUCUCAAUGGCCAGAUCCCAGGCUGUGCUCACAACAACCUCAACAAUCCACCUUACAUUCCCAGAAUUUCUGAUUCUUCUCUGUUUCAAAACACACUAUGUCCAGAUUCUAAAACUUUUCUGGGAGAUCUUUAUGACACACAUUCCCUCUUUGGAUGGUCUGAAGCCCCACCUACAUUCCAGGCUAUCAAGGAAGCCACAGGAAAGAGGCCAUUUGUGUUGAGUCGCUCUACAUUUGUUGGAAAUGGGAAAUAUACAGCCCACUGGCUAGGGGACAACCAUGCUCUUUGGGAAGAUAUGCACACAUCAAUCAUUGGAAUUUUGGAGUUUAAUCUUUUUGGAAUUCCACAAGUGGGUGCUGAUAUCUGUGGCUUUUACUACGAUACCACUUUUGAACUCUGCCUGCGUUGGACACAGCUUGGUGCAUUCUAUCCAUUGUCCAGAAACCAUAACGCAUUUGGUCAGAAGGAACAAGACCCUGGAGUGUUUGGGCUUGAAUUUGCCACAAUUGCACGAUCGACACUGCAGAUUAGAUACUCCCUCCUGCCAUACUUGUACACCCUGUUCUUUGAAGCUCAUGCCUUUGGAAAUACAGUAGCCCGAGGUUUAAUGCAUGAGUUUCCAGCUGACCCUCAGACCCAUGAAAUAGACACAGCUUUUCUUUGGGGAUCUGCAUUUAUGAUUGCCCCAGUUCUUCAAGAGGCAACAAGAUCAGUAGAUGUAUAUUUCCCAGAAGCAACCUGGUUUGAUUACUAUACGGGAGAUAAAGUGCCAGACUCAUCGCACCGUAAGCAUGUCACUGUUAACGCCCCACUGGAAAAGAUUCCACUCUUUAUCCGAGGAGGAUAUAUUUUGCAAACGCAAGCACCAGCUGUAAGAACUGCUAAGAGCCGACUGAAUCCAUUUGGACUCAUUAUUGCCCUGGAUGAACAAGGCCAAGCCACUGGUUCUCUCUUCUGGGAUGAUGGCGACUCUGCUGACACGGUUGAGAAUGGAAAUUAUUUCUACGCCAGAUAUACAUACAGAGAAGGGCACUUGAAGACAAGUAUUGUUAACAACAACUACCGCGGGGUCGAUUCUCUGAUAUUUGAUACAGUUCAGAUCCUUGGUGUGGCCUCAAGACCUAAUGCUGUUGUUAUGAAUGGAAAAGGCAUCCGCAGAAGCGACAUACAUUACCAGGAAAAUGGGAAACUUGUUGUGCACCUUUCUGUACCACUUGGUGAAGAGCUGGACCUCAUACUUCAAUAGGAUGCUGAAGAAAUCAAAUAACUUGCUUUGUGAUUAAAUCUGUAAUUUGCAUGUCUUCAUGAAUUUUCUUCUGAAUUAAUAAACAUCAGU